GACACAAAUAGAGAACAGUCAGUCAGUCACCCUCCCUAGUCCUCCUACACCCAGAAAAACCUCCUAGACCACAGGCUAGAUCUGAAUAGAGAGACUAACAGACAGCAGAACAGCAGGUUUGCUGUGUGAGCUGCUGCCUGUCCUGACGUGGAGGAGGAGGAAUUUGAAGUGCCAGUGACCAGUGAGGCUCACUAGAGGGACCAUGCUUUAGAGACUCACCUCUCCCUCCGCUAGCACCUGGAGGUCUGACUUUGACCCUGUACAAUGAACAACGAUGACGAGUUCUACGAUGCAGUCACAGGCUUGGAYUCUGAUGAGUCGUAUGAAGGCACGUCGGAGGCCAGUUUUAAAGAUGCCGUGGUGUAUGAUGGCACCCAGAGGAACGAUGGUUCCUUGCCACAGGAGAACGGAAUCAGGAAACACAGGACAACACUACCCGCCCCAAUGUUUUCCAGAAACAACUUCAGUGUGUGGGGCAUUCUAAAGAAAUGCAUUGGACUGGAGUUGUCCAAGAUCACCAUGCCCAUUGUGUUCAACGAGCCCCUGAGCUUCCUCCAGCGGAUCACUGAGUACAUGGAGCACACAUACCUCAUCAACAAAGCCUGCUCGCUGUCCGACUCCAUAGAGCGCAUGCAGGCGGUAGCUGCUUUUGCCGUGUCGGCCGUAGCGUCACAGUGGGACAGAACUGGAAAGCCCUUCAACCCUCUGCUAGGAGAGACCUACGAGCUGACACGAGAGGACCAUGGCUACAGGCUGAUCUCGGAGCAGGUCAGCCACCACCCCCCCAUCAGUGCCUUCYACGCUGAAAGCCUAGUCGGGGACUUCGUCUUCCACGGCUCCAUCUACCCCAAACUAAAGUUCUGGGGCAAGAGUGUGGAGGCUGAGCCAAAGGGAACCAUCACACUAGAACUCCUCAAGCAUGGUGAGGUCUAUACAUGGACCAACCCUUUCUGCUGUGUACACAAUGUCAUCCUGGGUAAACUGUGGAUCGAGCAGUAUGGCACUGUGGAGAUCCUCAACCACAGUACUGGAGAUAAGUGUGUGCUGAACUUCAAGCCAUGUGGCAUGUUUGGGAAGGAGCUACACAGAGUAGAGGGCUACAUUCAGGAUAAGAGUAAAAAGAAGCAUUGUGUGAUCUAUGGGAAGUGGACUGAGUGCAUGUGGAGCGUGGACCCCCAGACAUAUGAGGCCAACAAGAAGGCUGAGAAGAAAGGAGACUCUAAGAAACCGAAGAGUCAGGAGGAGCCUGAGAGGGCAGACAACGAUGAUGCAGAUGACAUGCCUGAGGUCCAGGAGACCGUAGCUAUGAUCCCUGGCAGCACCCUGCUCUGGAGGAUAUCAUCACGACCCCAACACUCUGCUAAGAUGUAUAACUUCACUAACUUUGCCAUGUUGCUGAAUGAGCUGGAGCCUGGCAUGCAGGACCGCCUGGCCCCCACAGACUGCCGCCUGCGGCCCGACAUCAGAGCCAUGGAGAACGGAGACAUGGAUGAAGCCAGUCGAGAGAAGGAGAGGCUGGAGGAGAAACAGAGGUCGGCGCGGAAAGACCGUUCCAAGGACGAGGAGGAAUGGUCCACUAGAUGGUUCCAGUCAGGCACAAACCCCUACACGUCAUCCCAGGACUGGCUCUACACAGGGGGCUACUUCGAUAGAAAUUACUCUGACCUCCCUGUUAUCUACUGAUCCAGGUGGACUCCAUGGGAACACCCACCAACAUCCCCUCAGCCUCACUUUCACUCCUGCCAGUCCACUGACACUCUCCUGUUCUAAGCACCACACAGUCUCCCAUUGGAACUCUGAAGUGGCGAUAGACACGUGUUAUACAAGGAGAGGCUAUGUGUUGUUAACACGACCCUCCCCCGUCUUCUAACAGUUAUGGAACAAACAGUCAAUGGUGAAAUCAGGAAUGUGAAUGUGCCUUUGAUCAUUGGAGGCAUCAAAGGUGAAAGCAGAAAGGAACUGAGACUGUAGGAGACUGUGUUUUGUUCCUGAACAGGAGUGCUUUGUGGGUACCUCUCCCCUUCCUCCCUAUCAGACCUGGGUCGAAUACCUAUUUAAAAUAUUGGAAAUAUUUUAGUUUGUUUUAACUUGCUUUGCAUGGCGAGUUUGCACAUUUGGGACUAUUCCUUUGGUCCCAUUGUGCCUGACAAAAUAAACCAAGCGCACCUGGACUAUUCCAACCAGGUUUCCCUCCCCCUAUACAGUGUUGGAAAGUAUGGGAAGUAGAAAAGGACUCAAGUUGAAGUGAAAGUCACCCAGUAAAAUACUACUUAAGUCAAAGUAAUUGUUUUUAAAUAUACUGAACUAUCAAAGGUAAU